AAGGCUGUUUGCCAGCCCAAUAUCAGUAGCCUACAGUACAAAUUCCAUUUUCUUGUAGACCGACGGAACAAGUUGAGGCAGUGUGCCACGUGAUUUCACAGAAGAGGCUGAGACCUUAUUCUUUGUUGAGACUGAAAGUGAAAGUGUAAGUGUGUAGGCUACUGAACGUUACGUACUGAACGGUACACAAUGAGUGACUCCGAGAGUGAGGGCAGGGACAUCUCUGAGGCGUGGAAAAACAGUUCUGAAGAGAGAUCAGUCUCUCCCACAUUCAGCUCUGAGUCCAUGCAGAGAGACAACUCAAUGGGGUGCCCUCUUAACUUUACAAAGGAAGAUCAUCCUGCUGAACAAAGGCAAAGUAAUCUUAAGGAGAGGCCGGACUCUCCUGUGCCUAGCUGUGUAUCCAUGAAGAGUGAUGGCUCAAUGGGGUACCCUCUUAACUUCACACAGGAGGAUGGCAAUACUCAGCACAAUUUAUUUCACAAGAGACUACACUCUCCCACACCCAUAUCCAUGAAGAGUGACAACUCAAUGGGGUACCCACUGAACUUGAGCAAUGACUACGCUCAAGAAAAACAUGACUCACAGCAUACAAAAGCGCAACUCAAAUGUAUGUUGAAGAAGACAUUUCAGUGUGUAUUUGAAAGCAGCACCCAGCAGAACACCCCUACCUGUCUAAAUAAGGUCUACACAGAUUUGUAUGUUACUGAGGGUAGAGGACUGGAGGUCAAUCAGGAGCAUGAAGUCAAACAGACUGAGAGAUCAUUCAGAAGACCUGCCACACAGGAUAAAGCUAUUAAUUGCAGUGAUAUCUUCAAACCUCUACCUGGACAACAGAAACCCAUUAGAACUGUGCUGACGAAUGGCAUUGCUGGAAUUGGAAAAACUUUCACUGUACAAAAAUUCAUCCUUGACUGGGCUGAAAAUGAAGCCAAUGAAGAUAUUCAGUUAAUGUUUCUACUUUCAUUCCGAGAGCUGAAUUUGUUAACAAAGACGCUUUUAAGCUUAACAGAGUUACUGCAACACUUUGUUAAGGACAUAACAGAUAUUGAUAUAUUCAGGAAUUUCAAAGUCAUGUUAAUCUUGGAUGGUCUAGAUGAAAGUAGAAUUCGGUUAGACUUUAAAAGUAGUGAAACAUGUUGUGAUGUGACAGAGGAAACAUCAUUGGAUGUGUUGCUAACAAACCUCAUUAGGGGGAAUUUGCUUCCCUCUGCUCUCCUCUGGAUCACCACCCGACCGGCAGCAGCCAGUCAAAUCCCUCCUGAGUUUAUUGACCGGGUCACAGAAAUAAGGGGAUUCACUGACCCACAGAAAGAGGAGUACUUUAGGAAGAGAUUCAGUGAUGACAACAUGGCAAGUAGAACUAUAACACACCUGAAGUCAUCCAGGAGCCUCUACAUCAUGUGUCAUAUUCCCGUCUUCGGCUGGAUUGCAGCCACGGUUUUAGAGAAACUGCUCAGUGAGACUCACACAGGAGAACUCCCCAGGACUCUCACUCAACUAUACACACACUUCCUAAUCACUCAGGCAAAUGUUAUGAAGGAGAAGUACACAAAGAGAAAAGAUACAGAUGAAGAGAUCAUUUUCAAACUGGGGAAACUGGCUUUCCAAGAACUGGAGAAAGGCAAUCUGAUCUUCUAUGAGGAAGACAUUAUUCAGUGUGGCAUUGAUGUCAGAGUAGCAUCAGUAUACUCAGGAGUGUGUACUCAGAUUUUCAGAGAGGAGUCUGGGCUGUACCAGGGAAAGGUGUUCAGCUUUGUGCAUCUGACUGUUCAGGAGUACCUUGCAGCUCUUUAUGCUCACAUAUCUUUCCUAAAUGACAAUAUGAGUGUGUUUGAAUCAGAACAAGCCAGUCCUAGCUCCAGAGGCCAACGUGUCUCCAGAUUGCACAAACAGGCAGUGGACAGAGCUAUGAACAGUCAGAAUGGACACCUGGAUCUGUUCCUCCGCUAUCUCAUGGGUUUUUCACAGAUCUCCAAUCAGAAUCUCUUGCAAAGCCUGCUGCCACUGAAGUGGAGAGGCAUGAAAACAGAUGACACAGUCAAAUACAUCAGGCAGAAGAUCAAGGACAAUCCUUUACCUGAGAAAAGCAUCAAUCUGUUCCACUGUCUGAAUGAGCUAGGAUAUCAGCAUUUAAUUGAAGAAGUCCAAACUUACCUGUGCUCAAAAAUCCUCCCCAAAAUCAAGCUCUCUUCUGACCAGUGGGCUGCCCUAGUCUUCAUACUCCUGACCUCAGAGAAUGACCUGGACAUCUUUGACCUAAGUCAGUACAUGGGAUCCAAUGAAGCUCUACAAAUGCUCCUCCCUGUUGUUAAAGUUGCCAAACAACUUCUAAUCAGAAAGUGUAACCUGACAGAGAAAAGCUGUCAGAUGCUUGCUGAUGUUCUCCGAUCAAAGUCGUCCACUCUGCAAGAGCUGGACCUGAGUGGGAGUCACCUGCAGCUCCGAGAGGUGAAACAGCUCUGUUUGGCUCUGGGGUCUGAAGACUGUAAGCUAGAGAAAUUAAGGUUGAAUGGCUGCAAACUAAAUGAAGAGAGUUGUGAUGCAGUGAUUUCAGCUUUCAACUCUAAUGCAGCAAGUUUAAGAGAACUUGAUAUGAGUGGAAACCAACUGAAUGACUCUGUCGUUAAGAAGCUCUCCGAAACUCUUAGGACUCAAAAGUGCAAGCUUGAAGUGUUGAGGCUGAGAUGGUGUGGUGUAAAACAAGAAGGGUUCAGGGAUUUGACAUCUGCCCUGCAAACAAACCCAUCACAUCUGAAAGAGCUGGACCUCAGUAUGAACACAUCAGGAGAUGCGGAAGUUCGUGCACUGUGUGAGGUUCUGAACCAACCACAGUGCAGACUUCAAGUACUCAAGUUGAAUAAGUGUGAGCUCACCCAUGACUGCUGCUCGUCUCUGGAAUCCAUCAUGAGCUCGGAGUCUUCUAGCCUCAUACAGCUGCAUCUGAGCGACAACAAGAUUCAGGACUCUGGAGUGAAGAGAAUAGCAGCCGGGCUACAGAAAGCUCACUGCAAACUAGAGGUCCUCAAGUUGUAUAACUGCAGCAUCUCAGUAAACGGCUGUGGAUUUCUGGCUUCAGCAUUGAAACAAAACUCUUCUCACCUACGCGAGCUGUAUUUGAACUGGAAUCAUCCAACAGACACGGGAACAAACCCACUGAAAAAGCUGCUGGAGACUCGUCCUCCAAACCUUAAACUAGAGAAACUCGACAUCAACCCUCCAAAUUCAGUUAACUGAAGAUGUUGACUUCUACCUGAAUGAAACCAGCAUCUAGCUGCUAUCACAGUCAGAGGUCACAUCUAUCAUGGAUCCCACACCCAGAAAUCCAUUUCCAUUUAGUCAGUUGGCAGGCGCUUGUAGACCAUAUCAUGACGUGACAUGGCAGCUGGCAUGGUAGGGAGAACACUGACUUACAGGCAGAGCUGCAGGGGUGCCAUUACCUGUGGCUAACUGAUUAAAGGAAACACCUGUCCUCACUGUCAGGGCACGUGGCUCAGUCAAAGUCGUUUUAGGCAAGUCCCUCCACUCGGCGGCCAUAUUGCAACGCUUUAUGGGCACUUACCGGGCAUCUAUUUCGGCAGA